GACACUCGUGUGAUCACCUCCGACCCGAUCUAACACACAAACAUGCAACUGUUCAUCAUCGCCACCGCCCUUUUCGGCAUCACCAGCGCCGCAUUCUCUCCCUACCCGGAACAAUCCAACCGGCCACAGGCUGCCUACGAGAGAAAUGCUCGUAUCUUGGCUUACAACUCUGACGUGAAGGAAGACUCUUACAGUUUUAACUACGAAACCGAAAACGGCAUCAAGGCUGAGGAACAAGGACGUGAGGUCGAAGGUAUUGAGGCUCAAGGUGCCUUCCAGUACACCGGUGAUGACGGUCAAAUCUACUCCGUGACCUACACAGCUGGACAAGGAGGAGUUCAAGCCCAGGGUGCUCACUUACCUGUCCCUCCUCCUACCCCUGAAGCCAUCUUGAAGGCUCUUGAACAGAACGCUCGUGAUGAGGCAGCUGGCAUCAUUGACGAUGGUCAAUACAACCCCGCCAAAUACGGUGGCGCUCCUUCUGCCAACACCUUCGUUCCUCAGCAAAACUUUGCGCGCGCGCAAGCUGGUUUCCGUCAACCCUACAAAUUCUAAAUCUGACUAAAAACUCUCGUAAGCCUGGUUUACACUUAGAGGAACAAACAAAAUUCAAUUAGACUUUAUUGGAGUGAGCUAAAAUCAAAGAGGCUAAUUCUUUUAAAUGUAUUUCUUACUUCAUGGUCUAUUGUAAAAAUAUUUUCUCGCAUAGUUUAUGAAUUAUGAAAGAAGAUAUUUUUAAAGCUACCUUCCGUUUUUGAUUUUUUUUUUCUAUUAUUUUGUUGGGUUUUGGAGGGAUAUGUGUAUGAGGGUAUUGUUUAUUCUAUGCUAGACGAUGAAGUGACGUGUUCAUAUGUAGGAGCAAUUGAGACGGUGCUUGCUUCGGCCAGAGUAAUAUCCUAAUUAAGGGCAUCUUUAUAUUGUGUGCUUUUAUCAGGUUGAUUUUUGUAUGUUAUGUAAGUGUAAACGAGGCUCUAGAAACAACCCUAGCUUACGUUCAAUACAAAAUAAUGUGAUAAUAAUCUGUACUUCUGUAGAUGUAAUAAUCCAUAAAUAAUGGAAAGUUAGAUUUUAUUUAUUCUAUGAAUAAAAAAAAAUAUUUUAUGUAUAA